UAUGUUGUUAUCCUACAGUAAUUCAAUAUGGCUGGAUUUUAAUGGUGAUGUCAUAUUUAUGCGGCCACCAAGCUGCAGUUGCAGUAUGCCGAAACUCUAUUGUGCCAAAGUCAGAAUUAACUACCGAUUCACUAAUUAAACAUGGACAGCAAAGACUACGAUCAUAUAAGGAAUAUGACUCUUAUGUUCUUUUUGGAUCGGCUGAUUGACAAGGGUCAACCCCGUACCCUUCAUGACUUAUCCUGCCAAUUCGGAACAAAAGGUUUUACUAAAGAAAUGCGACAAAUAGCUGGGGGAAGUCAAUCAGGUUUGCGGAAAUUUUUAUCACAAUAUCCAUCUUUAUUUACGAUUAAUGAUGAUCAGGUUAGUGUUACCUGUUAUUCUACCGAAACUGACGAUACAAACGGAAAAAGCAAACGUGAUUAUGCCCAUGAAGCUGUUGAAUAUUUUAGAGCUAAAUUAGAACAAUAUGGAAAUGCAGAAGUACCUAUUAAGAGCUUGCUGGGCCACAGAUCUCAAGCUACGCCAGAGACGAGGCAUAUAUCUGGUCAACAUGGAAAAGAAUUUAAGGAGUUCCUUAUGAAGUAUUCUGAUGUGUUUGUUGUGAAAGAUGAUUAUGUAGUUCUUAGGAGUGUUUUAGAAAAUUUAAAUAAUGAUACAUCACUAAUGAUUACCAAAGUUCCAGAAGAGGAACAAUUGGAUCCUCAACUUACAAAUCAACUUAUUAACUUUUUUGAAAAUGUUUUGAAACACCGAGGUCCUUUGCCUGUGAGUCAGUUGUUUGCCCAUCUUACUGCCUGGUUUCCGAAAGAUAUGUGGUCCAAAAUGGUGAAUAACCCCCAAGAUCUCCUUGCUUUCUUAAAAAUGAGUUCUCAAAUAUUUCAUGUUCAAUCUAAUGUUGUAUCUGUAGUUGAAAGAAAAUCAACUCUGCCAGCUCUAAGUUCUUCCACUGUACCUGUGCAGAAUUCUCAAACAUCUGCUGUUAGUCCUCAACCACAACCUACUGCUGCUACUACUACUGCAAAUGCAAAUACUUCUUCUCAGUCGUCUCCAAACAGUGGUGUAGGUCGCUACCAGGACAAGCCUCAGUCUUUUCAGCAACGACUGAAAACGCAGAUUAUGAAGGCUGUGGCAGAUAAUUCCGCUAUUGAUUAUAAAGAUCGCUUAGUAUACAACUCCUCAGGUACCUCGAACAAAGAACCAAUUGAUACUACUAUUAUGAAGAUGAUAAAGAAAGUAAAAAUAGUGACUAAGACUAAAGAAUGUUCUUCUGUAGUCAAAUAUAUAAUGUCUUUGAAAGAGAAGGUCAUUUCUUUUGAUGGGGAAGGUGUGAAUUUAGGACCUUCAGGUCCUAUGACAUUGCUGCAGUUUGCAACUGCUGAAGAAAGUGUGUUUAUAUUUGAUUUACUUUCAUGCCCUCAAUUAAUGGAAGAUGGAGGUUUAAAGGAUUUAUUAGAAUCUGAAGAAGUAUUGAAGGUUGCUCAUGAUUGCCGAAAUGACAGUGGUGCUUUAUAUCACCAAUUUGGAGUUGUAUUAGCUAAUGUAUUUGAUACACAGGCUGCCCAUGCUGUUUUGCAACAACAGGAUGCAGGAAAACCUGUUUACAAAGUUAAAAAUAUCUCUCUCAACACCCUGUGCUGUACAUAUGGUGGCCCAGUUAAUCCUCGCAAAGAUCAAAUGAAAAGCCUUUAUCGCAGAGAUCAAAAGUUUUGGAGUCGCCGUCCUUUGACAGAAGAUAUGAUAUUUCAUGCUGCCUUUGAUGUAUUUUGUCUUUUGCCUACUGUAUAUUAUAAUAUUAAAAGUUUAUUACGGCCUGAGUCAUACCUAAUGCUUAAUGAAUUGUGUUAUGAACAACUGAUGACUUACAUUCGUCCUGAAGAAGUAAAAUCUUCAAAAAAGCAAAGAAAAAUUGAUAUGGAAGUUCUAGAUCUUAAACAAAAGCUGAAUUCUGCUCAUACAAAGCAGGUUGUUCUUAGCAACCGGGAAAUAAGGUUACUAAGGUAUCUUGAGUUGAGUCCUCAAGAUCGUGCCAAAAUUGAAGGUACUCCUAAAGUAGCAAAAAAGUUAGAGCGAUUACGAAGCAGAGGUAAUAGUAAUGAUUCUGGAUCUCUACAUUCUGGAUCUGGCAAUGCUGAAGAUGAUAAUUUCUCAGAAGACAGCAGUGUAGAUGGCACUGGAGAAUAUGAUGAUCACUUAAGUAGCAAAGGAGAUUAUGAUAUAAGUGAAUCAAAUUUCAGCUCUUUUUCUGAUCCAUUUACAUCAUAUACAUCACCAGCUCAUUCAUUGUCUAGUUAUCGUGUUUCCACUCCAGAACUUAUUCUAAAUGGGAGUUCUGAUCAUUUUAAUAGUUGGUCACCAGGAGGAAGUAGUUGUGGUGGCAAUAAUUGUUGCUCAUGCGAUUGUCAUAAGAAACUACCAAUGUCACCUAAACCUUUGAAAUUACAGACUGCUCAAUUUUGUAAUGCUGCUUCUCAGACUUUAUCCACUGGUGAUAUAGUUAUAACAAAAGUCUUUUUUGAAGAUAGUGAGAAAGUUAAUGGAAGCAAAGCUUAAUUUAAGAAUAUACGGGUUUCCCCUUCUAAAGUAAUGAAAGACAAAUAUAAAAUUGUUAUAUAUUAGAAUCAGUUAAUUUAUUUUAAGUCUUUAACUUAUUUUUUUUAUAUAAGGUGACUGUGGAAUCAUUCCUGUUUUUUUUAUUAUUAUUUGGAAUUUUUCUUUCAGUUUUGUAUAUUUAUUCGGGCGAUUUGGUGAUAUACUAAUUUUAUUUAAAUAUCAAUAUCAGGACUCUUAAUACCAAUCUUAACAUCAAUAAACCUCCAAAAAGAAAUUCAUUUUGUGUCCAGCAUUUCAGUUUUGUUUAACAGCUGUUUAUUCAUUUUUUUUAGCUCUCUUUAUUUUUUUAUUUAUUUGAAAUUGUACUAUUUUUGCAACUUUAUAUUCAAUGCAUGAUUGAAAUUCACAAAUAUUAUAGUUAUUUAAAAAUUAUGAUAUUCACUCUGUUUUUAUAGUUACCACGUUUUUUUUAAAAUUUUUAUAUAUUCUGUUAAGUAAUCAGUCUUUUUUUUUUUUUCGCCUGUGUCUAUAGAUCAUGGGCCAAUCGGCAUUUAAUUAAAAUUAUCACAAAAAUGUUUUGAUGAUAUUUUUAUCCAGAUACUGAUCUGAGCAUUUGUUAUAUGAAACUUAAAACAGUUUUGAUUAUAGAAUUGCUUCUGACUUUACUUUCAUCUAAUUCAAUUUUUUUAGAGUAGUUUUAAUGUACAAAUAAAUUUAUAAACGAAGGGUAAGUUCAGUAAUUUAAUCGAGAACGAAUAUUGUGUUGAUUGCUGUUUAUUAAGUUUCUACACUGUGUUGUAGAAUUAACGAAACUGUUUUUAUUCACUAUUAGAAAUUUUGAAAUAAUUUUAAAUUUAUUUCAUGAAUCCAGUGAAAAGUUUUCUUGCUCAAUUAGUUAUUAAAAAAUUUUAUUUCUUGCUUUUAAUUUUAUUAUGAAUAACAAUUUUUUUUUCAUCAUAAUGUAGUACCUUCAUAAAGAGUUAUCAUUUUGCUAAUACCACUUUUGCUUGCAUGUACAAAUUGCUGGAAUUGGCAGCUAUUUCUGUAUUUUUUUAUAUUUAUAAAUUUACAAUUUUUAUUUAUGACAGGUGGAAGGUUCAUUUUAUAUGCAUCUUCUUUGAAAAAUUUUACAAAUUGCGGUUACACUUGCAUACAUUAUUUGAGCUUAUUAAAAUAUUUAUUUAUUAUGUUUUUAGAAAAUGACAACUUUCUUAAAUUGUCCAUGGUUCUACUGAGUUCAGAUUUUGUACUGAAUGAAUAUAGCUAAUCUUGCUAUUUAUUUGGCAGUUAUCUUCUGUAAGUUAUUUAUUCUAGAUGUAAAUUAUAUACUAUUUAAUUGAUGUUGUGUUGUACUGUUUUAUUAAAUCAUUUUCAGGUAAAUUAUGAUUGUUAAGCUAUUUUUAGAGAUUUAUGUUUUGUAGAAUUAUUAAGAUUGUGUCUGAAGGAAUUAUUGUUAUUAUCUUCUAAAAAUUGCAUUUAUAAAACUUGGAAUAUACUGGAAUUUAUUUGUGAUAAUUUCUUUAUUAAUAAUUUCUUGAAAUUAGUUCAAUUUAACUAUGGAAAUCACAUGCAUCUAUGCCAAGAGCUUCUCUAUUGACUCUGAGAAUUGUGUUUUAAGUAAGGCCGAAGGUACUUUUGAAAUAUCUGUUUAUUUUUCUUUAUAAUGUAAGCUUCCUUAUUUGUUGAAAACUGAAGCUAAAAUGCAAAAGCAAAAAAAAAAAAAAAAAAAAAAAAAAAGAUAAUUCACUUUCUAUUUGAUGUGAUAAAUUUACAGCAAUGCAUUUAUAUGUGUUAAUCUUUAUUCAAGAAUGUCUUAAUUACAUAAAAUAUUUUGACUGAAUUUUAUUCACUUGAAAAUACUGUUUAGUAUCAAAUACGUUUAGUUUAAUAAUUUUCAUGAAUUAUGCUUUAUUUGACAUUCUUAAAAGUAUUCCAAAGAUAAAGACAAAAUUACAACAAAUUAGCUACUUGUAAAUUUUUAACUAUUUGAUAAAGCAUAAUAUUUUACUUGUGAAGUCUUAGUCUGUGAAAAAUUUUAUGAAGGCAUUGAAGCAUUUUUUUAAUUAAACAUUCAUAAAAUAGAUAUUUAAAAUUUAUUUAAACAAAAAGAAAUAUGAAACUUUCCUCUUUUGUGUCAAAUAUAUAUACCUGGAUGGUAAAAUUACCAUCGUAUCCAUAAAUGACGCACCUUUGCAUUAUCUGUAUCUUGCAACACUUAAUAAUUUAAAGUGUAAUUUCCUGUUUCUCUAUAAAAUACUUAUUUUCAUCUGCCUUAUAAUGAGCCUAGAUUUAUUGUAAAACACAUACUGAUUCCUAAUAGUUCAAUUUAAGCUAAAUAUAUGCUAAAAAGUUUGUAAAUAAAUAGGCUAAGGCAAAACGAAAUAUCUUACAAUUUGUUUCCCAUCAUGUUGUUAUAAGCUUCGGAAAAUGCCUAAUAGAAUGUCAAGAAGAGAUAUAUUUUCAUUAAUGAAAUUUCUUUAUCAAAUCUCAUUUGAAAAAAAGUUUUAAGAACAUAAUAGUUUCUGUAACUUUAAACGGAACAAGCAUAUUAAUUUCCCAUUUAUUUUUUAACAUUUUAAUCACGGUUUUGUAGACUGAGUCUAAAUAAGUACUUUUUUUUUAUCUCUGUGGUGAAAGCACGGUUUUUGUUUUGCGUAUUUAAUCUAACUCGUGGGGUUAUGUAGUUAAUAUUUGUAAAUCUUGCUGAGUGAUGCUUUGUUAAUUUUAUAGUUGUGAAAUAACCCACAUGCAGCUUUAUUUGUAUAUUAUGGCUUUUUAUGAGUUUGAUUUUAUGAUCCAUGUAUAUAACAAUUGAUUUGU